AGUGAGUUACGUGUGUGAACAGAACAACGUGCCAGUCUUCCUACUAGCAGGAACGGUCAUUGAGGAAAACGAACACCGUCAAUCGUUAUCGACUUGCGCCGCGAGUGGGUAAAGUGUCUUGCUUGUUGCCACUUUCCAGCGGGGCGGAUCUUUAUAUAUCAAUUGAACAGGUUUUGCGUAGAGACAAUACAAGUGGCUUACUCAGCGGUACUGCGGAACACUCUGACACUGGCAUUCAGGUAUGGAUAGACUCUGGACAUGGCUGAGCUAUUGCUACAUCUUGGUCACCGUAACACAGGCCGUCCCUCUCGAGGCAGCAGCAACGCACAGCAUGGGACACGUCAUCAAAGUCUGCCACGCAAAAGCACUGGGUGACGUCAUCAAGGAGAGUGUGGCGUCACUCGACUCGGAUGAUUUAAAUAACGAUCAGUAUGACAAUGAUAUUUUGGAACGUUUAACGAACUUCAUUGAACAAAACUCUAAAAUCGGUGUAAACAACGUGCCGUUCGAAAUUGAUGUCCAUCGCAACAAAUUAAGUGAUGAAACCAUUUACAUAUAUAGAACAUCACUGAAAAACUGCAUUAAUGGUUUAUUGACAAAGAGUGCACCUGUAGGAAUCGAAGAAUCGACAGACCCAUACGAUGAACAGACCCAUAUGUUUCCUGAAUACGACAUUAAUGGAGUUUUUAGCGAUAGUCACGACGUAAUCAAUGACGUCAAGCGUUUCAAAGACCGUCAAUCAGUUGCGUUAAAUCCAACGGGAUGGCGCAAGCGCCGGAGUGACAGAAAGCGUGAGUCCGAGGAAGGCGCCCGGGCAGUGAUCAGGAACAUGCAGGAGCUGCUUGAGAAGCGCCAGAGACUGCAGUUCAACCCGACCGGGUGGUAGCAGUGAUAUCAUCUAAGGCUGCAAUGUGGUCGCGAUUUAUGAAAAAACUUUGCAUUAACAAGCCUUUGCCCGGACACUGUCUUAAAAAGAACAUAUAUCAGUUUCAUAUUUUGAAUUUAGAAUGUUGGCGAAUAAAAAAGAUCAAAGUACAGCGGAAUUACAUUUCAUACAUUAAAAUAUCAUAAAGUAUUUGUAUGUACGAAAUAAACUCCAUCUCUAGAAAGAAUGCGUUGUUAACAUACAUAUUUAUAAAACACAUUUCACUUAAUGCGACUUAAACCAGUCAUCACGUAAAUAAAACGAUAAAGAUAUGUAUUUCUAUAGUUUGUGUUGAUCUAGAUGCUUGUAAUUAAUGUGCUCGAUAUGAUUGCAAAUA